CACACUUCAAAACAUUAUAAUCAUCUUAUCCUAAGCUCUUUCUUCUUCUUGUUCAAGGCAAAUUAAUCAAACAUUAUGGGUGUCUAUACCUUUACUGAUGAGUCCACAGCCUCAGUUGUCCCAUCAAGGCUAUUCAAAGCUUUGGUUAUUGAUUUUAACAACCUUGUGUCUAAAUUGAUACCUGAUGUUGAGAGCAUUGAGAAUGUUGAGGGUGAUGGUGGUCCUGGUACCAUCAAGAAGAUCACUUUUGUCGAAGGUGGUCCAAUGAAGUACUUGAAGCACAAGAUUCAUGUGAUUGACGACAAGAACUUAGUAACAAAAUAUUCACUUAUCGAAGGUGAUGUUCUUGCGGACAAAGCAGAAUCAGUUGACUAUGAUGCCAAAUUAGAAGGUUCUGCAAAUGGAGGAUGUGUUGCAACCACAGUAACUGUGUACCAGACAAAAGGUGACUAUGUUGUUACUGAGGAAGAACACAAUGUGCACAAAGGGAGAGCCAAUGACAUUGUCAAGGCCAUCGAAGCGUACCUCCUCGCCAAUCCUUCUGCCUACGCUUAAGUUAUGAAAAAAAAAUUGUGUGUUGUUGUGUCUUGUAUUUAUUAUUAAAUAAGUAAAAGUUGUUGUGCCUAAGAAGUUCAAAGAUUUAGAUGAGACGAAAAAAACUGAUUGAUUAUAUAUGGAGUUGUAUCAAAUUCUUCCAUGGGAUUGAAUUUUACAUUGUUAAGUCUUUUAUUGAUUGUGUGUUUUCAGUUGUAUGUCAUGGAAAGAACUUUCAAUAAAGAGUAUCACGAGUUUAGUUA